AUGUGGGCAUUAGAAAUUCCAACACAAAUAUCAUUUCCGUUAUACAUGAGUUUAUUAUCAAUAUGGUUAUUAACAUUCAUAGGAUUAUCGAUGAUAGCACCAACAACCAAACAACGUUAUAUUACAUUGAUGAUAAUAUCAUUAACAUUUAUUCUAAUCCCAUUGAAAUAUGGAAAACAAUUUAAUUGUAUGUAUCAUUUACCAAUUCCAGUAACAAUAUUUGGAUGUUUUUUUAAAAUGUUGAUUUGGUUAAAAAAAUGUAAACAGAAGAUUAAGGAAACCCCACCAUUCUUUUUAACAUUAUUCUUUUGGAGAAAGGAUUAUACCGGCUCAACGAAAUCAAAUAAAAAUUCAAUGACGAAAGAAAAGUUGAGAUCGUAUUUAAUUCAAAAAUCAAGAAAAUUGUUCUUUAGAUUUUUAUUUCAUGAGUCAUGCCUUUAUUUUUUAGAAACAUUUCCACCCACGAUACCUGAUCGAUCAUAUCCACUUAGAAUAAUUGAUUACUUAUUGUUAAACAAGAACACUUUCAUCGCCACCCCAUAUACAUUAUUUUAUUGUUAUGUGUAUGCCGGAUUCCUUGCUCAUAAUAUGGAUUACGCAUAUAACAGAUUUCUUGUCAUAAUCGCUUUAAUAUGGUACAUUCAAAAGAAUUCCUCCGACAAAAAUUCUUCAACAAACUCAAAAGUGGAGUUUAUUAAUCAAUAUCUAAUAACUUUAUUAUUUGAUACACCGUCAUUAUUUAAUCAACCUUAUCUUUCCAUAUCACCAUCAGAUUUAUGGGGAAGGAGGUGGCAUCAAAUCUUACGAGAAUGUUUUUUUGAAUUAGGUUAUUUACCAAUUCGUUCCUUGUUCCUCAAAUAUCAGGUAUUAGGUCAUGAAAUGGGAUUAAUCGCAAGUUUUACGUGUAGUGGGAUCUUUCAUGAAUAUUUAUUAACUGUAUUACUCGGAAGGUCAACUGGGGAACAUUUCACAUUUUUUGUGUUUCAUGGGGUAAUGGUAAUCGUUUGGGAUAUAAUUUGGUUACCAAUAUCAAAAUACAUCAAAUACUUUAUUGAUAAAAGAUUGACCGAGUUUUUGGUUUGGAAUUGUAUUUUAAUAUUUAGUACUCCUUGGUUUAUCGAACCAUACAUUCGUUCAAAUCAUUUUCAUUGUAUUAGUCAUUUAUUGUGUAAUAAUAGGUGA